CUCCAAUAUAUCCAACCUUAAUUCAUUUCUUCUUUCCCUACAACUUAAUCUCUAGUGCUCUUUCUUCCACUUUACAAUUUUCCUUCAUCAUCAUCCAUGGCAGCAGAAACACAACCUUCAAAAGUCUUCAACAUAGACGUUGAAGGACAAUUAGCACAUGCGGAGGAGGACGGUGGCGAUGCUCUGAGCCACUCUGCUCAUGACUACACUCAAAGAGCACAGUGGCUCAGAGCGGCCGUCCUGGGCGCCAAUGAUGGCUUGCUCUCAACUGCUUCCCUCAUGAUGGGUGUUGGAGCGGUUAAGAAAGAUGUUAGGACCAUGAUCCUAACGGGGAUUGCCGGGUUAGUUGCUGGCGCGUGCAGCAUGGCCAUUGGAGAGUUUGUUUCUGUUUACUCCCAGUAUGAUAUUGAGCUGGCCCAGAUGAAAAGAGAAGGUAAUACUCAAAAUAAGGACAAGUUGCCGAAUCCUUAUUACGCCGCCUUGGCUUCUGCUUUAGCUUUUGCCGUAGGUGCCGGCGUGCCGCUGCUCGCUGCAGCGUUUAUCACGGAAUAUAAGGUGAGGAUUGGGGUGGUGGUGGCUGCUGUCACCCUUGCCUUGGUGGUUUUUGGAGGGUUGAGUGCUUUUCUUGGGAAGUCACCGUUGGUGAAAUCCUCUUUGAGGGUUUUGUUUGGAGGGUGGCUGGCCAUGGCGGUUACUUUUGGAUUAACCAAACUUGUGGGUGAUCUUGGAAUUUGAUUCCAUUACAACUUCAAUUAAAUAAUCAUGCACCCUCUUAGGUCGGUUUUAAUUAGAUGCAUGAUGGGAUAGCUUUUAAAUUUUUUGUUACAUGUUUGCAAAAUCAUUCAGAUAUUCGUGCAAGGCACAGGCACACACAUAAAAAAGUGACAAACGAGAUACAAACCAGAUAAAUAUGGGGUGUUUGUAUUGUUUUGUAUAAGUAUCAUUAGUCUUUACGUUAUAGAAAGAAAUACAUGGAUGUAUAUCCAAUGUUUGUGCAUAUUAAACUCAUCAGAUUCCGUCUUCCAAUUAAUGUACGCUUAUUUUGGACAUCGUUUGUUUCAAUAAGGCAAAGAAAAUGCUUGAACAAGUUA